GAGGAUCGCAGGUUCGAUCCCUGCCGCGAUCAAUUUUUGCCUUUUUUGGCUCCUGUUGUGUUGCCAUCCGUUUUGCCUCGACUGUCUGAACCUGUCUUGAUUGUUAACUUACCUCUCAGCUUGACAGAGCUACAUUUCGUAGGUCUCCCACAUGUCAUAAAUCACAUUCCAUCCUUAAAGUGUUGUUCAGAAUACCUGUGAAACGACUCGAACGAUUUCCAAUUGGAUAUCACCGACUAUCGAUUUUACUGUUUUCUUAUCUUGCACUCUGAAAAUGUCGUUUGCUUGCCCCAACAUCAUAUCACUCCAUUCAGAUUUUUACGGAGUCGGAAUGUCUUCGGCAUCUUCAGGACAGUCAAACACACCUUUGGAUCUUCCAGUUUAUUCCAUCCUCCUCAACAUCAACAACAUCAACAAUGCCACCAACAAACCCAACCCACCAACCGUCUGGUUCUUCUGGUAUUGCUGCCCCCAUCAGCAUGGACCGUAUCGGCGAGAAACGAUGAAAACGCUCUGUACCCAAUGCGAGCAUUAACGACGUUGUAAUAAAUGUUUGGAGAUCGAGGAUACAAACAACUAUUGGGAUACCGUUCCAUCAGGAGCUCUGCCGCCAGAGACAAGAAGAAAUUAAGCAGAGUCGUCUAGCAGGUUCAAGGCAUGGAUGAAGUUCAUGGGGGGGAAAGAUUGGAAGAUGAUCUAUCGUCGUCAUGUCAAACCUCCUCUUCUCAGUAUGAAGUAGAUCAAAUGUGUUGAGCACGGCUGGUGCAAGAUAUAACAGGAACUUCAUUAUUGGUCCUACAUAUACACAAUUGUGGAAUAUUCAAUUUCAUGUACUGCACCUACCUUCCAGAUAUCUCCCCGACUCAAACCUAGGUAGGUAGCUGCAAUAACCC